AUGGGACUAAUACUAAGCAAUCUGUCUAGGCUUAAUCUGGGACAUCCGUCUAAGCUUAAUCCGGGAGAUCAUAUCAUUGGUAAUAGGGCGGGGAUUCUCUACUCUCAUCACGGAAUAUAUGUGGGCGAUGGCAUGGUGAUUCAUCUUAUGCCAGCUGAAAAGAAAGGCGAGAAUAAAUCAGUUUCUCUGUGUCGAAACUGUGGCUACAGUAGAGACCAACAUAGUGGAAUCAUCAAAACUUGUCUUGACUGUUUCCUUGAUGGCAAUAUCCUUUUUAUCUUUAAUCAUCCCAUCCCUUGCAGGCCACCAGAUGAUGUUAUCAGGAUUGCCACUGAGUUUCUCCAAGGAAAACGAGAUUUUGGCGCGUACAACGUUGUAUUUAAUAAUUGCGAGGAUUUUGCAUCCUACUGUAAAACAGGUGUUCGUAUAUCUUAUCAAAGGUCCGGGGGGUUUUAG